GCGUAUGGUACGUUUGGAUUUUGGCUGCCAGCAGUUUUGAUCAGCCAUUGGCGGUUUUGGACACAUUCUGAUCCUCUCAUUUUUGAACUGCCUAUGGAGCAAGAGUUUUAUUGGUUGCAUAUUCGAACAAAUUUUGCUCACUAUCACAUUUUUGUGGGAUUAUCGAUAUUUGCCUACACAGCUUGUGGUUUUUUUCAGUUGUUAAAAGUCACUACCACGUGUUUUAUGAUCAAGUAUAGUUCUUUAACGUACCGAUUGAUUUCUGCCAAAGUCAAAAUGUUGCCCCAACCAACUGAUGAUGAUCAACGUUCGAAAGUGCAUGUGCAAGAUUUGAAGAAACUGGUUGAUUUGCACCGAAAGGCAUACGGCAUUACAGAUGUGAUCGAGGAAAUAUGUCAAAUCCCAGUAGCCAUGGAAUUUUUUUCUUGCGUCAUCGUUUGGUGCUUAGGCAUGAUCUAUAUUUCACAGAAAAUUGACAUAAACCUUAUCAAUGUGAUGUUGAUUUUUUCGAUAACUCUGCUGCAAGUGUUUGGCUAUUCCUACCUGGGAUCCGAGCUGGCUGAGGAAGCUGAAGCCGUUGGCAAGGCCAUCUACGAUCUGCCGUGGUACGAGCACUCGGUUGAGUUGCAACGUUUCUACCGGCUGAUUAUUCAACGCACCCAGCGGCCUACUGGCAUUACGGGGGUGAAAUUUUUCAUCGUUCAACGAACUUCUUUUGCAACUGUGGUCCAAAUGUCCUACUCGUACUAUUUGGUUCUCAAAGAUUUGCUUAACAAGUUGUAAUGAGUUCAAAUACAAAGGAUUAGUUACCAAUGUUGUUGCUUCUUAGUGAAAUUCUGCAAAUUGUCAUUUUCAUGAAAUACAAAUGUAGUUUGAUUUGAA